CUAUCCGCGCCAUCUCUGCCGUGUCUCUCUACAAAACCAGUGACGUCAUCACACACACCCAACACCUAUUUUUAGGAAGAAAAAACGGAAAAUAACUGACAAAACAAAAGAUGUUUGUCCGUGCGCCACGGUUCGAUGUCGCCCGCAUGCCCCGGUUCCCCUGCUCCGGUGCCGCUGCUCCGGUGCCGCUGUGGCCAGUCCUAGCACGACCAAACUUGACCCGCUCCGCGUCGUACACGCUCUCGUUGCUGUCCUUCCCAGUCGAGUGCACGAAAAGCGCGGUCAUGCUAGACGGAGAACUGUCAAAAUUCUUCGACAUUGAGCAGGGGGUCCCACAAGGUUGCACGCUGUCCCCAACAUUGUUCCAGGUGUUCAUCAACGAUCUGUUGGAAGUCGUAGAGGCAGUCCGGAAGGGAGUAAAAGUAGGGGACACGGAAACGUCGGUUUCAGGAAUGCUGUUUGCGGAUGAUUUUGUCGGUAGAUCGGACACCCCUGAGGGACUGCAACUGCAAAUUGACGCGGCGAAGAAGUUUACUGAUAAGUG